CUUUCGGUUUCCCGACCUAGUUCGAACCAGUUCUGUGCUUUUUGUUACACAAUAGAUGCGCAGGAUUUAAACCGGUCCUAGUCGGUUACUUGAUUUCCGUUUGAUCUCGAACUAGCCGAAACCACUUGGCACUUGGUGUGCUCAGAACUACGUCAUCUACUGUAUGAUCAAUUCAUUCAUUGUAUGGUGUGGUGCUCGAAUUUACAACACAGACACCAUGAACAGCUUCAGAAACUUAUGGCGUUUGGCAUCUUUAGCGAUGGCCAACACUAUUAACUCGGCAAGAACUGUUGUACCGUUGGUAGCUAAAGAACACUUGGAAGAAGAUGAUAAAGUGGAGAAACUGUGUGAUGAAUUCUGGGAAUGGAGGAUGAAAGAGAGUCCAGAGUUUGCCUCCUACUGUGGGGAUCAGCGGUACUGUGAUUUAUUGGACGACAUCGAUACAGAGGCAUUCAAAGGCUUUGAGGAGGAUGUCAAAGAAAUGGCAAAGAAAGCUGAGGAAAUAGAAUGGAAUAAAUUAUCCAAGUCUGGCAAAGCUAAUCUAUAUUUGCUGAAGGACCAGUUUGAUACAUUCAUUGAUGGAAUGGAACACAAGGGCUGGUACUUUCCAAUAAAUUUUAUGGAUGGUCUGCAUGCAGAUAUUCCAAAAGUCAUUAGUACGUGUCCGAGGCAGUCGGAAGAGGACUUUGUAAAAUUCAAUAAAAGAUUGGAAUGUUACGCCAAAAAAGCUCAACAAGUGAUACAGAUUCUGCGGGAAGCGUUAGAAAAUGGAUAUGCUUUUCAUAUGUACUCUGUGGAAAUGGUUCCAGAACAGAUCCAGGAAAUGAUCACGGAGGAACUGACUCCAGACAAAGAUGUAUUCUUGACUCCUUACCUGGAUGCCACUCCAGAUAUCGUUGAUCCAGAAACCAGUGAAAAAUUACUAGAAGAGGCAAAGGAGAUUAUUUUAACAAAAGUCCGACCAGCCUUCAAGGAACUAGCCGAGUACAUUGAAAAAGAGUAUCUCCCUAACACACGAGAGGAUGUUGCCCACACCUCCCUUCCCGAUGGGGAAGCCCUCUACCAGUCGUGUCUGGACUUCCACCUCUCCACCAGCAUGACCGCCAAGGAAGUCUUUGAACUUGGUCUGGAGGAAGUGGACAGGAUCGAGAAGGCCAUGAAGAGAGUCACCAAGGAAGAGGGGUAUGGUGACGACAUCCAAAAAUUCAAAGAAGACAUAUCCAAGAAAGAAGAGUUCCAUUUUAAAACGGGGGAGGAGCUAUUGGAAUAUGUGAAUGACAUUUGCUUCAAGAAAAUUCAGCCCAAACUGAAAAAGAUCUUCAAAUUCUUUCCUGAAUCUCCCCUGAUAAUUGAGGAAGUUCCUCCAAUAAUGGAUACUGGAGACACAGCAUUCUACUUCAAUGGAUCUCCGGAUGGAUCCAGACCUGGAGUGUACUACAUUGGAACAUCACAUCUGGAUGCAAUUCCUAAAUAUGAAAUAAUGGCCCUGAGUUUGCAUGAAGGAGAGCCAGGCCAUCAUUUUCAGGGAAUGUAUGCUAUGGAGUCUGAAGAUAUCCAUCCAUUCAGACGAUGUCUAUGUGACAUCAACUACUCAAGGUCUCCAAGUAGAUUUCCAAUGAACACAGCAUUUCUAGAGGGUUGGGGUUUAUACUCGGAGUUUCUAGGCGAGGAGCUAGACCUCUAUGAAGACAACUAUUCCCUGUUUGGAAGAUACUGCAUGGAGAUGCUAAGAGCGGUCAGGCUUGUUGUUGAUCCAGGGAUUCAUGCAUUUGGAUGGUCUUUCGAUCAAGCUUUGGAUUUUAUGAUUGAAAAAACCUUCAUGGACCCCAAGAUGCUAGAAGUGGAAUGCAAGCGAUAUGUAACCUUUCCGGGACAAGCUUGUGCAUACAAAGUGGGAGAGUUGAAAUUAAAACAACUUAGAAAGAAAGCUAAAAGUGCACUAGGUGAUAAGUUUGAUAUUAAAGACUUCCAUGACGUAGUACUACAGUGUGGAGCGGUGCCCCUCAAGUUUUUAGAAUAUGAAGUCAAUGAAUACAUCAAAGAAGAACUAGAAACAUUGAUGACUCUAGAAUCACUGGAAGAUUGAACAUUCUCUCUCUCUAGGCCCCACCCCCAAACGGCAAAUAAAAAACUCCACCUAGCCCACCCACUUUGGGCAGUGAAGAACCACAAUGCUUCAGUUGCAUAGAAAAGGCUGCCUUUGGGAUAUCACAUCCUUAAUUUAUUUCAUUACAUCAUCAUAGAGUUUUAACAUGGAAAAACAGUUUUUUGAACAAAUCAUGAUACCACUUGCAGUGGGUGUUAGGUGGAUGUAUGUAUUAUGAUUAAUGAUGACUGUCCCUUACUGCAUGUGGUGUGAAACUUGACCAAUAAGCCUGGUUUGUUGAAUGCCCAUUCAUUUUGACCGAGGCAUAAGUACAUUUUGGUAGUAAGAUAUAUUUUGAAUCCAAAAAUUUUAUGGGGAGAAAUGAUAUUCCCCUCUCCCCAAAUAUUAAAAUAUGGGUAAAUAAAAUUUCAUGCAUUGAACGUGGUUUUUGUUUACAAGGCUCUAAUCCCAUACUUGGUUUUAUUUUCCCCAGCAAAUUUAUCAUAUUGAUAAGUAAAUACGAUUGAUCAACAAUUUUUUUAGACAUUGAAUCUCAAAGGAAAAUGCAACUUUAAUUUCCUCUGAGUUUUACUGUAGAUUAUUCGAGGGACAGGCAGUCUAAAUUAUUAUGUUCAAGAGCACAUUCUGUGAUGUUUUUUGUUUUAUUUUUUGUUUUCUUGUUUUAAAUACUAAAACACCGUCAAACGAAAAUUAGUGCUAAAAGUAUUGCGUGUAUUCUGCUUUGCAAGAGGUUUUAUACAUGACUAUCAUAGUAUUUGUCUCUUAUUGUGAAUAACCUGGUUAAAUUAUCAUUGAAAAUAAAUUAUUGAAAAAUAAAUGACCGAAAAAAAUC